CUGUGAACCAAGUGCGCAGAACAACUUUUUUUUAUGUAGUGAACAAGAUGAAUCCUAGCAUUCAGAGAUGGCGUAGACGAGAACCGAACAAUAUGCCUAAGUCAUUCAUUAAAAAUUAGAUAAAUUUAGCUCUUUAUUAGAUCGACUUUUCGACUGUUACAAACAAAAAAAAAUAAAAAAAUAAUUACAACUGCAAACUCGUUAUGACAAGACAAGACUAUAUUCAGAGACACAAAAUGACACAAAGUUGAAAGCCAACAUGUAUAUCAAGGAAUUGAAGUGUUUAAGCCUGCGUCCCUGUGGAUAUGAGUUACUGUUUCUACGUCGUCUAUAGAGAACACUGUCUGGGCUGCGACAAUCAAAACGAGAUGACAAUAAAAAUCUGACCAAUUUAAGAAGACAUGAGAAACUGUGGAAAGUUGUCGGACCUGCCAGUUUGGUCUUUGGUACUGAUCAUCUUGUUUUGUCGACUGGAUGUCUCAGGCUCAAUAGAGUUGAGGAGAGUCUUGAAUGUCACUAGUCAUAGGUUAGUGAAAAGAGGAACUAACGGAUUCAGUGAAGAGGAAAAGGUAGCCAUGGUUCUUGCCCAUAACGAGGCCAGAGCCAAAGAAGGUGCAGCCGAUAUGCUUGCUAUGCACUGGGAUGAGGCGCUAGAAAGCUCUGCCCAGGCUCAUACAGAUAGAUGUAAUUUUGAACACAGCACCAAAAUGGAACGUUCGAACAUUGGAGGCCAUAAGGUGGUUGGGGAAAAUCUGUACUUUUCAACAGGGAAGACGAUUCCUAAACACGCACUGGAUGCAUGGUAUGAGGAGAAAAAAGACUAUGAUUUUGCAACUGCGAUAUGCAGACCUGGCGAAGUUUGCGGACAUUACAAACAGGUUGUGUGGGCCAAAUCCUACGCUCUGGGAUGUGGGAAAAAGUUGUGCUCAACGCUAACCGGGACGGGGUAUAAAGAUGUCAUCUCUAAUGCCAAUUACAUCACUUGUCAGUAUGGACCGGCUGGCAAUACUAUUGGUAGACCUUUGUACAUCGAUGGAAUGGCUUGCUCGAUGUGCCCACCUGAUAGAUAUUGUAGAGAAUCGCUUUGCGGGAAAGAAAUAUUACUUGACUGAAGUGGUGGUAUGAGCUGACUUUGCAGAUUGUCGUCUCUGGAAGCAUUCUCAAGAGCAUCGUAUCAGAGUCAGCUAUUCGUCGUUUUCCUACUUUCUGUAUUUGUUUCGCUAUUUUAGUUCGCAUUUUUUAAAAAGUUUGGCCAAGGCUGUUUAAUUGUAUUCCAAUUUUAAGCCUGGCGUCGACUACACAAUAAAUUGAUGUUACUGACA